AAAUAAAAUUUUAAAAAUCAAAAUCAAAAUCCUAGUGGAAAAGGGCAAAAGGGUAUUAAAGGCCCGUCAUAUUCCAAAAUUUCCCAAACCCAUCCCAUAUCAUACCCAAAGUUUCUGAGUCUGAACCCUAGAUUGUAGCUGAGAGGUGAACAACAAUGGAUGAAGUGCUAUCUACGAGUGACCAGCAGAGCAUGGUCUCGUCGUUCCUGGAGAUCGCCGUCGGUCAAUCGGCCGAGACAGCCAGGCAGUUCUUGCAGGCCACAAGUUGGAAGCUUGAGGAAGCAAUUCAGCUUUUUUAUGUGGGUAAUGAAGGAGGAGCUGUAGCGGCAUCUCCUUCUCAGUCUCCACCGACUGAAAAUUUCGAUGCUUUGGCUGAUCAAACUUCUGGGGUAGCGGAAAGGGAGAGUGGAACUGAGAAUUUGGUACAGCGUGAUGUAGAUGAAGUACGCCCUCCAUUACCUGUUAUAAGGGAGGCUCUGUAUGACGAUGCCCUGUUGUAUGGGAUGAGGUAUCCACCACAUGAAUCAAGUAACUUAAUUGCAUUCCGUAAUUUUAAUGAGGAAAUGAAACGUCAUGGGGUUUGGGAAGCAGAUCAAGGUGCUGCAUCAACAGCAGAAAAUUCUCGAGAUAACCUUGCAUCAUUAUAUCGCCCUCCCUUUCAUCUAAUGUUUCAUGGAUCAUUUGAAAAGGCAAAAAGUGCUGCUUCUGCUCAGGAUAAAUGGCUCCUUGUUAACUUGCAGUCUACUAAGGAGUUCAGCUCGCAUAUGCUUAAUCGAGAUACAUGGGCUAACGAAGCUGUUUCUCAAACAAUUACUACCAAUUUUAUCUUCUGGCAGGUAUAUGAUGAUACCACUGAAGGUCAGAAAGUUUGCACAUAUUACAAGUUGGACUCUAUGCCUGUUGUGCUCACCAUUGAUCCCAUAACUGGACAAAAAAUGCGUGUUUGGAAUGGAAUGGUUCAACCUGAACGUUUGCUGGAGGAUCUUUUGCCCUUCUUGGAUAGUGGCCCAAAGGAUCAUCAUGUGACUUUGUCACAUAAACGUCCAAGAGAAAGUUCUCUGGCUCAACCACAGAAAACUAAAGCUGAUUUGAUUUCAGAUGCCCCAGCAGUUGCAGACAAAACUAAUGAAGAGGAUGAGGAAGUAUUGAGAGCUUUGGCAGCUUCCAUGGAAAGUAUAAAAGACACAAGUAGAGUGAAUUCCAAAGACAAAGAUAUUGUUACUGAGAAAGAAGAGGAAACAUGCUCAGCUGAGAAGCCUACUUAUCCGCCUUUGCCUGAAGAACCCAAGGGUGACAGGAGACUCCUCUGUAGGGUUGGCAUCCGUCUUCCAGAUGGGCGCAGGCUGCAGCGAAAUUUCUUCCGCUCUGAUCCAGUACAGCUGCUAUGGUCAUUCUGCCAUUCUCAACUAGAGGAAGCCAAAACAAGGCCAUUCCGGCUGACACAAGCGAUUCCAGGAGCUUUAAAGUGUCUGGAUUAUGAUAGUGAAUCGACUUUCGAGGAGUCGGGGCUUGCCAACUCCAUGAUUUCAGUUACAUGGGACUGAAGUGAAGUAAAACUGGGUGCUACUGGUUUGACCAUUUAUCUGGCUGUCUGUUGGGAUUUGUGCAAGAAGAAUUUUGGUUUGCCCUUUCUUUUUGCCUGUUAUGGUCUCUCGAAAGUCUUCCUUAUUGGACUUUUGUAUAUUCUCAUUGAAAGGGGGUGAAUCUAAUUUUAUGGUUGUUGCUUAA